CAAUGUUUUACACGGAAUCAUUUUGCAGCAGAACCGGAAACGGAGAUGCUGACAACUUCCACACGUGUAUAGCAUGUACUGUUGAGGCUUCAGUACAAUUGUGAUGUAUUAGUAUGUGAGAUCACACAGAAGCUCAUUAAACUGAUCGUUAUUCACACCAGAAGCAACUACAGUAUGGCUGAAAUAAUACAACAACGGAUUGAGGACAGGAUUCCGGAAUUGGAACAGCUGGAGAGAGUGGGACUAUUCACCAGCAAUGAAGUCAAGGCUAUGAUUAAAAAAGCAACAGCUCUGGAAUACAAGUUGCACAGAGUGACAAUAAGCAAAGAAGACUUCAUCACAUAUAUUCAGCAUGAGAUCAACGUCUUGGAGCUGAUAAAGAAGAGAAGAUCGCGCAUUGGUUACCAUUUUAAGAGGGAAGAGAUUGAACUAACCAUCAUGCAGAGAAUAAACAACGUUUUCAGACGAGCAACUGCAAAGUGGAAGGAUGAUGUGCAGCUCUGGUUAUCUCAUGUUGCCUUCUGUAAGAAAUGGAACACGCAGACUCGACUCAGCAAGGUUUUCUCCUCCAUGCUGGCCAUCCAUCCUGACAAACCAGCCCUGUGGAUCAUGGCCGCCAAGUUCGAGAUGGAGGAUCGGAAUUCGUCGGAAAGCGCCAGACACCUGUUCCUGCGGGCUCUCCGCUUUCACCCCGAGAGCGAGAAGAUCUACCAGGAGUACUUCCGCAUGGAGCUGAUGCACGCUGAGAAGCUGAGGAAGCAGCAGCAGGAGCUGGAGCAGGCCAAGAUGGACCUGGGAGAGUAUGAGUUCCCCAAGGAGAUCAUGGAUGCCAAGCUGGCUGAGAUUGUAUACAGAGAUGCGAGUACAAAAGUGAAAGGCGCUGUGUUUGUGCUGUCCCUCCUGAAAAUUGCUGAGAUUUUCGACUUCACAAAGACGCUGCAGGACAUCAUCCUUCAGGACCUGCAGAGCAGACACGCUGACGACCCCCUGACCUGGGACUACAUGGCCAAACGGGAGUUGGAAGUGGGGUUAGGGGGGGAGAUGGGGGCUGAGCUGUCGACGGCUAAGGGCCGCGCGUCGGACAUCGCCCGGAGGGAAGAGCGCUGCAGCCUGGUGUAUGAGGAGGGCCUGAAGAGCCUCAGCACAGAGGCCAUGUGGUCCUGUUACAUCACCUUCUGCUUGGACAGAUUCAAGAGGAAGACCAAUGUCCAAGAGUUGAAGAACAAGAGGCAGGAGAGGCUGCUAACAGCACUCCAGAGGGCUGAAGAAUCUUCCCUGCUGCAGGAGCAUUUCUACAAGAAAUGGCUGCAGGUACUGGCUGCAGCAGGAGAUGCCGAGAGUGCUGCCCGAGUCGCCAUGGCAGCCACGAAGCGCUUCAGCCAAUCGGUGCAGACCUGGGCCUGCUGCCUGCAGUUGCUGGUGCAGCUGGGGAGCGAUGAUGUCGGCAGGCUAUUCCAGGAAGCAUUGACACACGUGAAUCCCAAGGAGAGCCUUCCCCUGUGGCUGCUGCAGGUGGAGUGGAGUGCCUCUUCCCAAAGCCCUGAGGACACAGCGGCCCUAUUCCAGAGGGGUCUGGUCUCCCCAGUGCCUGCCGUGUCCAUGGAGAUGAAGGAGAAAUACCUGGACUGGUCCUACAGAACUGGCGGGUACAAGAAGGCCAGAAAGACCUUCACUAGUUUACAUGAGAGCCGUCCCUUCUCCAAGGCAUUUUUUACCAGAAUGAUCCAGAUGGAGAAAGAGCAGGAACUUCCAAAGAUGAACAAUCUGAGGGACUACUACGAACGGGCGCUCAGAGAAUUCGGCUCGACAGACGAUGAUCUGUGGCUGGACUACAUCAGGGAGGAGCUGAGCCCUCGGGGGAACCCAGAGAACUGUGGGAAGAUUCACUGGCGGGCCAUGAAGAGCCUGGAGGGCCAGCGUGUGGAGCACUUCGUAUCCCAGUACACCCUGCUCCAGACAGGCCACAUCUAGAUCACCCGCUCCGCUGACAUAGCCAGGAGCUUGCGGCCAAUGAGACGCUCAUCUUUCGCCGUUCGCUCAGAGGCUUGCCCUCAAACAGGGCCGUCUUUCCGAUGGUCACAAGCAGCUGACGCCGCUUUUGACUCUGAGGUUCAACUGUGCUCAGUUGUUAAGGCCAGGGUUUUGGUUGACGCCGUUCGGUUCACUGGGACAUUGUGUGUGUUUCAUGCCUGCAGAUACACACUAGAAGCUGAGUGUGUAUAAAAGGAAUACAUUUUGGGGACAAUUACAACUCUUUUCUUACACAACUUCUCAGAAUUAAACAUUUAUUAGAAUUCAGAACAUUGUUGCAGUAUUUAACACCAAAUAAAUGAUUUCCUACAAAAUAGAUUUAUUGGGGUGUUUCCAUGCUAGUUCCUCUCACUCAGACCAGAAAAGCAGGGCUGCUCUGGUUUGGCUACAUGUGCUUUAAUCUUGGUUAAUCUUGGCCCUUGCGCACCAUUUUGUACAGAAAUAAAAACUGGACGUGAUGUCAAAUAAAGAUAAGUGAAAGCAUA